CAGCGCCUUGCCGGGGGGGCGCCGGGGCGGGAAGGACCCGCCCGGCCCUACAAAACCCCGCCCGGGCUGCCGCGGGCCCCAGCUGCUGCCAGAGCCGCCCGAGUCGCCGCUAGAGCCGCCCUGCCCGCCCCAGCCAGCAUUCUUUCAAGAUGUCCACUGUUCAUGAAAUUUUAAGCAAGCUCAGCCUUGAAGGAGAUCAUUCUCUCCCCCCAAGUGCAUAUGCCACAGUGAAGGCCUACUCCAACUUCGAUGCUGACAGGGAUGCUGCGGCCCUGGAAACGGCCAUCAAGACCAAAGGUGUGGAUGAGGUCACCAUCAUCAACAUCCUGACAAACCGCAGCAAUGAGCAGAGGCAGGACAUUGCUUUUGCCUAUCAGAGGAGAACCAAAAAGGAACUUUCUGCAGCACUCAAGUCUGCUCUCUCAGGCCAUUUGGAGGCAGUGAUCUUGGGCUUGCUGAAGACACCAGCACAGUAUGAUGCCUCUGAAUUGAAAGCUGCCAUGAAGGGGCUGGGAACUGAUGAAGACACCCUCAUUGAAAUCAUCUGCUCCCGAACAAACCAGGAGCUCAGUGAAAUCAACAGGGUCUACAGGGAAAUGUACAAGACAGAGCUGGAAAAGGACAUCAUAUCAGACACAUCUGGUGACUUCCGCAAGCUAAUGGUUGCCCUGGCCAAGGGCAAAAGGUGUGAAGAUACCUCUGUGAUUGAUUAUGAGCUGAUUGACCAAGAUGCCAGGGACCUCUAUGAUGCUGGUGUGAAGAGAAAGGGAACUGAUGUCCCCAAGUGGAUCAAUAUUAUGACUGAAAGAAGUGUUCCCCACCUGCAGAAAGUGUUUGAGAGGUACAAGAGCUACAGCCCAUAUGAUAUGUUGGAGAGCAUCAAGAAGGAGGUUAAGGGAGAUUUGGAGAAUGCCUUCCUUAAUCUUGUCCAGUGCAUUCAGAACAAGCAGCUGUAUUUUGCAGACAGACUGUAUGAUUCCAUGAAGGGCAAGGGAACCCGGGACAAGGUCCUGAUCAGGAUCAUGGUAUCCCGCUGUGAGGUUGACAUGCUGAAAAUCAAGAGUGAAUUCAAGAGGAAAUAUGGAAAAUCUCUCUAUUAUUUCAUCCAGGCAAACACAAAAGGGGAUUACCAGAGAGCCCUGCUGAACCUGUGUGGUGGAGAGGACUGAAAACUGUGAGGGUCCAGAGAAAUGCCUUUUUUGCUCUUCAUUUUACUGUAAUACUAGAAAACCUGAAUUUCCUAGCUACCCUUGACUUGCCCUUUCCCUGCCAGAGCGCUGCUGCAGUUUGCUCCCCUGUGCUGUGUAUGCCCCUCUUGGCAGCUGGGCUUGGCUCUGCCAAAGCUCCCAGCAGUGUAUGGCCAGGGACACUAACCCUCCAGGAGACACAGGCUCACGUGUGCUUGUGAAAAAGCUCUGCCUCUCUGUGCAGUGUUUCUAAUAAAACAAAUAAAACAAUGUUUUACUUUAACAA